AUGGAGAUCAGGGUGUUUUCUGAAUUGGUGAAUAAGAGUAGGGUGGCUGAGGAUUGUGUGAGGAAGGCGGCAGCAGAGAAAGGAAAUUUGAGGGUGCCUUUUCAGAGACCUUCAGGAAGGAACUUUGCUCCGAGAGGUAGGAAUUUCAAGCGUGGAGGCUCUAUUCCGCAGCAGACUCAGGGACAAGGUAAUUACAGAAGGCUGAAUACCAAUGUUAAUCAGGGAAGAAGAUUUGGGAAGCAGCCACAGCAGGAUCUGAAUUGUCAGAGGUGCGGAAAGUAUCAUCCUGGAGUUCCGUGCAGACUAGGACUUGGAGUAUGCUAUUCCUGUGGACAGCUUGGGCAUAUAGCCAGUAAUUGCCCAGAGAAGAAGAAGUAUGAGACUGGUAGGGUGCAGCAGCCGGGGAGAGUAUACACCACUUCUACCGUAGGUGCUGAGGGAUCUGAGACACUGAUUAGAGAUAAUUGUGAAAUGGCUGGUAAAAUCUUAAAUGCUUUAUUUGAUUCAGGAGCAAGUCAUUCAUUUAUUGCAUUUGAAAAGGCCCAUGAAUUAGGAUUGAGAAUGGUGGUUUUAGGUUAUGAUUUGAAAGUAUAUAAUGCUACUCAUGAAGCUAUGGUGACUAGGAUAGGAUGUCCACAAGUUUCCUUUCGAGUACAACAGCGUGAAUUUGUGCAUGAUUUGAUUUGUUUGCCUAUGACUGGUCUUGAUCUCAUUUUGGGAUUGGAUUGGUUAUCCAAGAAUCAUGUUUUGCUUGAUUGUUCUGAGAAGUUAGUACAGUUUAUGCCGGAAGGGUCAGAAGCACCGGUUGUGGUGAAUAGUUACUAUUUGAAUUCUAUGAUAAUAAACUGUUCAGGAACUGAAUGUCAGGGUAUUAUGUUAUUAACUGCGGGAGUAUCAGGUGAUGAUCAGAGUUUAGAGCAGAUUCCGGUUGUAUGUGAAUUUUCAGAUGUGUUUCCGGAUGAUAUUAAUGAAUUCCCACCUAACCGAGAGGUUGAAUUUGCAAUCGAGUUGGUACCUGGAUCCGGUCCAAUUUCGAUUACUCCUUAUAGGAUGUCACCUUUAGAAAUGGCUGAAUUGAAAGCUCAGCUGGAAGAUUUGUUGGGUAAGCAUUUCAUCCGACCAAGUGUUUCUCCGUGGGGAGCACCAGUGUUACUAGUAAAGAAGAAGGAUGGGAGUAUGCGUUUGUGUGUCGACUAUCGGCAGUUGAAUAAGAUCACUGUGAAGAACAAAUAUCCGUUGCCUAGAAUCGAUGAUCUAAUGGAUCAGUUACAGGGAGCCGGUGUGUUUUCUAAGAUUGAUCUGCGAUCCUGA